GGACGAUAUUUCACGGUUCCUGGGUCCGUCCUUGCUUUGCUUCGCUUCGGUCGUCGAUCAGCUUAAAGUUUCUGUCAAGUGCAGCAAUGGCAGAGGACAGCGGCAACACGGUAGCGAAGCACGUGGGCAUCCUGACGGACGGCUUCCAGUCGUCGCCCCUCGCCGUCAUCGCCAACAUCGCCACCUUCUGCUCGGUCAUCGUGUACCUCUCCCCCGUCAACGAAAUGUACAACAUAUGCGUCAGGGGAUACGCCGGCACCACUCGCUGCACCCCCUACGCCCUCAUGUUCGCAUCCGCCGCACUCUGGACAACCUACGGGCUCCUCAGGCACGAUGUGGGCAUCCUCAGGAUCAAUGGCGUCGGUAAGUCAGUGAGGGAGGGAGUGACACAGACCGCACCGGACCGACACACACGGGGCAGUCAGUCAGCCAGGGGGGAGAGAUGCGCGUCAGGUCAUUCAGUGUUGGUGUAUGGUGUGUGUCAGGUGCGCUGACAAGUUUGGUGUUCUGCGGGAUUCUGGGUGUGUUUGCCAACCCUGAGGAACGCAAGAAGACCUGGCUGCUCUACCUGGGAGGUAAGUAGGGCACACAGGCAGCCAGCCAGGCGUCGCUGUCACGUACGUCACGUACGUACCUUUGUGACAUUGGUUGUGUUGUGUUGUAUUUUGCUGCUUGCCUGCCGCUGGCGUGGCAGUGUGUGCGAGUGUGUUUGGGUUUCUGUAUUGUUCGCUGACCUACGUCCCGGCGGGGGACGUGCAGCUCAACCUCGUGGGAUACACUGCCACGGUGAGCCGCCUGCCUCCCUGCCAAAAUAAUCAAACAUCCCGUCUGCGCUGCUGUGUGUGUGCCUCGUCAGGUGCUUUCUGUCUCUAUCUCGCUAUCUCCUCUUGUCAUGGUGGUAAGUAAGGCAGCACAUCGGCUGGCUGCACGUGGGCUGCAUUGUCAUCUGUGUGUGCACGUGUGUGUGUGUGUGUGUGUGUGUGGUGUCAGGCGCGUGUGUUGCGUACCAAGAACCUGGAGGGCGUGCCCAUCACCCUCAUCGCCUGCUGCUUCCUAUCCGCGUAAGACAAAAUACGUACCUGCCUGUCAGUCAAGCAAUGAAUGGAUGGAUGUGAUGUGUUGUGGUGUGUGCCUGCAGGCUGUUGUGGGGUCAGUACUCUCUGAUGAUAGACUCGAUCCCCUUCCUGAUACCCAACAUACUGAGCAUCGUCCUAAACGGACUCCAGCUCGUACUCAUCGCCUACACCUACCUCACUGCCAGAAAAGCUCGAAGCGUAAGGCCGACCAGCCAACCACCGACGCACCGUCCACCUCGCACUGCAUUAUGUAUGUCAAUGUGUGUGUGUGUGUGUGUGUGUGUCAGGCUGUGAGUGGUCCUGAGCGGCUGCCGCUUCUGAGCCAGACGGGCAUCGUAGACCUACCCAUAGGUAUCUACAAUCUAGCUAGCUGCACACACGCAUUGCAUUCACAUUCCUUCCCACCCACUCUCAUCUGAUCUCUGGUUCGGUCUUCUCUCUCGAUGCAGAUGAGGUCAAAGCGUCCUACAGGCCGACCCAGCCGCAGCCAUCCGCCUCGCCCGAAGUCAUCGGCCCCCACCAUCGGCCGCCGAUCGACCCACCAGACCAGCCAGAGACCAUCGACCAGCACAUUCACAACCACACUCACCACACGCAAGCCAGCGGCAGCAGCAGCAGCAGCGGAGCAUCGAGCUUCGAGUGUGUGGAUCUGGCGACCGGUUCGUCGGCAAGCGACCGGAAUUCUUUGUCUUCUUCUGAGGGCGGCGGUGCUGGUGCGUCCCCGUCGUCGGCCAACCGGAUGGAGCAGGGCCGGAGGGCCAACAGGGCGCGAGAUCGGGCUGGGGAGAGGGAUCGGGGGAGGGCCGGUGUGGGUGGGGGUGAGAUGGAAAUGAGCACUGUCAGGGGGAGGGAACUCAGGUGAGAGAGGAGAGGUGUGCCGCAUGCGUAAGUGUCGGAUGGGGAUUGUUUUGUCGGCCUUGGGGGUGGGGGGCGUGGUGCUCUUAUCUUUCUCAACCAUCGCUGGGCGGGCAACGUCGGACUCUCUCUCUCUCUCUCUCUCGGUCUUUCGUAUGUAUGUAUGUCUGGAUGGCUGUCCGUCUGUCUGUCUGUAUGUGUGUACCCCACUGCUCUGCUUUUCUAGUAAGCGUAGCAGAGGAUGCGAUGCCAUUGAUUGGGUGGAAGAGAAGGAAGCAAUGAAGGAAGAAUUGCAGGCAGACAGCGAGGCAGCCAGCUGUCCACUCACUCACUCACUCAGUCACUCACUAUGUGUGUGCGAGGCAAGAUGUACCCCUGUGUUCCCACGAACUGCGGGAGUAAACUUUCUUUUUUCGCAUCGAUGACUGACUGACUGCAUUCACUCACUCUCACUUUUGUCUCCUGCAUCCCUCGGACCUCAUUGGUGGAUUUUCUUCCUCGCUCAUGGACGGGCCGUGGUCCAUCUGCACAAUGGCUGGAUGACGGAACGUCCUAGGUUGCUGGGGAAAGUCCGCCAGGCCAGGGAGGUCCGGACCAGAUGGAACAAACAACACGGACGAAGACAGCCACAGGUCUUUCUAUCUAUCUGAGAAAGGAGACAGACAAGGAAGGAAGAGAGGACGUCGGUCGGUUGUGCUGUAUGUAUCUGUCUGUUGAUUGCUCUGUGGCUGUGGGGUGGGGUGGGUUGGGUUGGUGCCUGCACCCAACUCUCCGUCGCUUGCUGGAUGCGAUGUCGUCGAUGGUAAGCUCCCGCUGUGCCCGUCACGAGGGCAGUGCAGGUGCCGAUCCUCGUCGACAAGUGAAUCCACAGACAGCGGCAGGAGGGUGAGGUGACAUGAGAGAGCGGCCCACCCCCCACCCCCCCCAAUACGUUGACUGCCUUACAGCUGGUGGCUGCAGCGAGAGAGAGUGUGUAUGUGAUACGCUCCACUACUUCCCCCUAACUCCCUCCCUCCCUCCCUCCCUCCCCUGGCCUGAAAGAACCCGCGAGGCAGGUGUGUGCGACUUUUGUGCUGUUGGUCGGUCGGUCCUUUUUUCUACAGCGGCACACCACGCCAUCCAUCCACGGGACGCACCGAUGCAUCCGUCUACCUACCCGCCCCUCCCACUGACUGCCAUGUCUAAAGGUGUGCAUGUGGUGUGUGUGCGCGUGGGCGUGGUGUGUGUCAUGCAUGUGUGGCUGGCGGUUUUUGUCAGUCCAUCUGGUGGGUGUGCGGUCCCGCUCCCUGGUCUUGGUUCGUGUCGGUCGGUCGGUCAAUUCAUUGAGUCUGCUGGGUGGCUGUGGCUGUGGCUGACUGCAUGGGUGGUGGGUGGUGCUGCAGAGAGGGCGAGAGAGAGAGCAGGGUACGUCAGUCAGGUGUAAGUGUAAGUAGAGGUGACGAUGACAUACAUAUGAGUGACUGAUGGAUGACUGACAGUGACCGACUGAUUAUGAUUACUGAGUAUUGGAGUGUCACUUUCCUCCCUCUCUGGCAGUGCGGACUCACUCGCGCACUGACUGAUUGCCGGGUGAGUGCAGCGGGUGGGAUGGAAUACAGCGGACGGCACUCUUCUUCUCUCGUAUAUAUGUGUGUGUGCCGCAUGUCUACUGGGUUUGUGUCGCACCCGAAGAUGAUAUAUCGGUUCGGUCAGACCCACAGCUCGAUAUGAUGCGAACCUUGCUCCACACGCACGCUUGUGUAGGUGUGGACGAGGGGGCUGAGCUGAUCGGGCAGAGGCCGCCCACCCUGCCUGCACUCACAGACGGAUGGAUGGAUGAAACGCCUGACCCACCCCCACCUAACUGACAGACCUUACUUACACUUUCUCUCUUUCCUUACUCAUGCGAGUUACAACACUCACUCAUCGA